AGUGAGGCAGCGCUGCCGGGGCUGGGCGGACUCGGUGCUGCUGGGGACGGAGCCGCCGUCUCGAAGCGGGGAGGGGAAGGCAGGGAGCCACGGACAUCCACCCUGCCCGCCGCAGCGGUGGCCGCGCCACGGCUCUGCCCGCGGGCGAGCGGCUCCUCGGUGCUCCGCCGGGGCAGGGGCGGGCGGCGGCUCGGCCGUGCCUGCGCUGCGGGCUGUGGUGAGCGGCGUCGCGCCGUGGGGCGGGCGGGCGGGUAAAUGGAUCGCCAUUCCAGCUACAUCUUCAUCUGGCUGCAACUGGAGCUGUGCGCCAUGGCCGUCCUGCUCACCAGAGGUGAAAUCAGAUGCUACUGUGAUGCUGCACACUGUGUCGCAACUGGCUAUAUGUGCAAAUCUGAGCUUAGUGCCUGCUUCUCCAGACUGCUCGAUCCUCAGAAUACACAUUCUCCGCUUACUCAUGGCUGCUUGGACUCUAUUGCAAGCACAGCUGAUAUCUGCCAAGCCAAACAAGCACAAAACCACUCUGGCACCACUGCCGUGUCCACAUUGGAAUGCUGUCAUGAAGAUAUGUGCAAUUACAGAGGACUACAUGAUGUUUUAUCUCCUUCCAGAGGCGAUACUUCAGGACAAGGGAGCAGAUAUCAACACGACAGCAGCAGGAAUCUCAUCACCAAGGUGCAGGAAUUGACCUCUUCAAAAGAGUUGUGGUUCAGGGCAGCUGUAAUUGCUGUUCCUAUAGCUGGUGGGCUGAUCUUGGUGCUCCUUAUCAUGUUGGCCUUGCGAAUGCUCAGGAGUGAAAAUAAGAGACUGCAAGAUCAACGACAGCAAAUGCUUUCCCGUUUGCACUAUAGUUUUCAUGGACAUCAUUCAAAAAAAGGGCAGGUGGCAAAAUUGGACUUGGAAUGCAUGGUGCCUGUGACUGGUCACGAGAACUGCUGCAUGACCUGUGAUAAAAUGAGACAUUCAGACCUCAGCAAUGAUAAAAUUCUUUCGCUAGUCCACUGGGGAAUGUACAGCGGACAUGGGAAGCUGGAAUUUGUAUGACCAAUUAUUUUUUAAUCUCAGCUAAACUUACUCUCUGAACUCUUGAAGGCCUUUGGGUUCUGCUGGACAGGAGCACUUUAUCUUAAAAACUCUCAUAAAUCAUCUUUGAGAAACAAAGGACCUCUGCAAACAGAAUCUUGGAUAUUUCUUCUGAAGGAUUCCAAAAGUUGUCUUAUUUGCACAGAGUAAAAUACACUCAAAUGUAUUGUUUGCUUUAAAGUUAUGAAAGCAAAAAUUAGAAGUUGUAAACACUGUCACCAGGGUUAUCUGAACUGUAGGGAGCUGAGAACUGAGUUAUUAUAAUAAACCGUAUGCAAGCUCCUAUGUUUCCUGACUUACUGUAAAGAUUUUUUAAAAUAUAUAUAUAUUUUGUCUGAAA